GUUGACGCAGAUAGAGAGAGAGAGAGAGAGGAGAGGAAAAUGAAGGUGAGCGUACAAGGGGAGAAGGUGGUGCUGGUACCGUACAUGAGAGAGCACGUUCCGAAGUACCAUGAAUGGAUGCAGGACCCUUCUCUCCUCCAAGCUACUGGUUCUGAGCCGCUAACCCUAGACCAGGAAUAUGAUAUGCAGCUCUCUUGGACACAAGAUCCCUUGAAGCAGACUUUCAUAGUGUUGGAUAAGGAGCUGAUUGUUGGAGACUUCUUCCAUGGGGACGCGCAUGUUGAAGCCAUGGUUGGUGAUGUGAAUAUAUAUAUGAAUGACUUGGAUGAUUCCCAGACUGCUGAGAUUGAAAUAAUGAUAGCAGAACCCAAAUGUCGCGGCAAAGGGCUUGGUAAUGAGACUGUUCUUUUGAUGAUGGCAUUUGCUGUGGAGAAAUUUGGGAUCCAUACCUUCCGUGCUAAAAUUGGAGAGUCAAAUAAAGCUUCUCUCAGCCUAUUCCAAAAAUUGGGAUUUGUGCAAACUUCUUACAGUCAAAUCUUCAGUGAGGUAACACUGGAGUUACCAAUAACCCAGGCAAAAGGCAAGGAGCUGCAUCAACUGAUUAGCAACGCGGUUACACAUUCAUAACUAUUGGAAGAUCUGUACUUUAUCGUGAUUAGAGAGAGAUUCCAAGUCUGCUUAUGAGCUUAUAUAUCCAACCUGUUCUUCUCUGGAUUGCUUCCAAAACCCCUCCACCUUAGCAAGUCAGAUUGCCAGAUUGGGACUCAAACUAAUUAAGCAGUGAUAGCUGAUUAUCAUGCCUGUAUUUGGUUGCCAACGUUGGCAUUGCUGUAUAUCACUUUCUGAUGUGAUGGGAUUUUUAUACACUUAUCAUUUUUCAAUAACAAACCGGCUUUGUUUCCCUA